AUGAUGGAAAAGUACAAACAGAUUAAAGAAUUAGGCGAGGGAAGCUACGGCAAAGCUAUCCUUGUUCAAGAAAGAGGUACAGACAAAAAGUAUGUUAUCAAAGAAAUUAGAUUAUACGGAGUUACGGAGCAAGAAAGACAAGAUGCUCUGAAAGAAGUAACAAUAUUGAAAACCCUUCAACACCCUUACAUCGUAUCAUAUAUUGAGAGUUUUCAUGAACGUGGCAACCUUUAUAUUGUCAUGGAGUAUGCUGAUGGCGGAGAUUUAUCACAAAAAAUCGAAGCCCAAAGAGGGAAACACUUUUCUGAAAACGAAAUUUUACACGAUUUUAUUCAGCUAUCACUUGCAAUCAAACAUAUUCAUGAUCGUAAGAUUCUUCAUCGAGAUCUAAAAUGUCAAAACGUUUUUCUUAAAAAAUCAGGUGAUGUCAAGCUAGGCGACUUCGGAAUUUCGAAAGUAUUAGACUCUACUCUUCAAAUGUGUAA